CACUCCCCUUCCCCGCCUCCAUCUCGCUUCCCGCUUCUUAUUUCUAACCCUCCGCAAUAUCCACCAUUUCUCUCUCUCUCUCUCCGCGAGCAAACCCUAACCCUAACCCUAACCCUAACCCUAGCUUCGGCACCAUGAUCGCCGAGGAUGCCACCGCUGCGGCGAAGCGCCAGCCGCAGAAGAAGCGCGGGAACUACAACUGCGGCCGCUGUGGGCUCCCCAAGAAGGGCCACGUGUGCUCCGCCGCCGACGGCCCCGCCCUCCCCCCGCGCUCCGACUCCCGCCUCCGCCGCGCCCUCUCCUUCGACGACGACCGGAUCUCCGCCGCGCCGACGCCGGAGGAGGUGGCGGCGCCGCCGGAGUCGGUGGUGGGGCCGGAGGACGAGGAGGAGGGGCGGGAGGAGGCGGUGGUGGUGAUGGGCGGCGCGGUGGUCCUCCCGGUGUCGUGCAUGGCGGAGGUGCUGCGGCGGCUCUCGCCGAAGGAGCUGAUGGGGGCGGCGGCGGUGUGCAGGGGGUGGAGAGAGUGCGUGCGGAGGGUGUGGAGGUCGGCGGAGGAACUUAGGGUUAGGGUUUCGCCGAGGUCACAGAUCGGGUUCGUCGGAUCGGUGCUGCAUAAGUGUGCCGCGUUGGCCCGGCUCACUUUGAGGAUGGAAAGUGAUGUUGAUGCUACAUUGCUGGCUUGUGUUGCAUUCUCUUGCCCUAGUUUAAAAGCCUUUGAGAUCAGCUUAGGCGACAAUGCAGUCAAUAGGUUGACUGGUGAUGAACUAUGCCGGUUUGUUUCUGAUAAGCGCUCUCUUUCGAUGAUCAAAUUGGAAGGGUGCACGAAUCUUGGUUUCUUAAACUUGUCCUCGUCAAGCCUGUCCACUAUCUGGUUGUCAGAUCUCUAUUGCCUCUCAAAAUCAGUUAUCAACUGUCCAAAUCUGAAAGAGAUUUCUCUUGAUUUUGCACGACAAGAAAAUGAUUCUACCGACCUUGUUAUCAUGAUGGACAGCCUGGGCCGCACCUGUCCGAGAUUGAGAAACAUUCAUAUUGCAUCUAUUCGGCUCUGUAAUGAAGCUGUUAUUGCUCUAACAAGUGCUAACUUGAGGGGAUUACGCAUGCUAUCUUUAGUUCUGGGAUCUGGGAUCACUGAUGCAUCUGUAGCAGCUAUAGUUUCAUCCUUUGCAAUCCUAGAGUUGCUUGAUUUGAGUGGAUCAAGCAUAAGUGAUAGUGGGAUUGGAAUGAUAUGCAAUGGGUUCCCUCAAACUCUAUCAAGACUUCUCCUUGCUCUUUGUCCUAACAUUACUUCAAGUGGGAUUCAAUUCGCUACAGCUCAACUUCCACUUCUUCAACUUAUAGACUGUGGAAUGAGCAUAUGUGUUGUUAAUUCUCAAUCCGCAGAAGACAAAUCACAUACUAGCGAAGAACAUGGAGAGGUUAAAUGGUGCCAAAAAUUGUCGACCGUGAGACCACAGCCUAUUUACCAGAAGUUGAUUAUAAAGCAUGCACAUUUGAAGAAGCUCAGUUUAUGGGGUUGCUCGGGUUUAGAUGCCUUGUACUUGAAUUGUCCAGAGCUUAAUGAUCUCAAUCUAAAUUCAUGUACGAAUCUACAUCCAGAAAGGUUGCUGCUCCAGUGCUCGGAUUUGAAAAAUGUUUAUGCUUCUGGGUGCCAAGAUAUGUUAAUCGGAGCAAUCAGAAACCAGGUUCUUAAUGAGUUUGCUUCACCUGAAAAUCAUUUACCUUGCAAACGUUUGGCAGAUGGCUCCAAAAGAGUUCAAGUCCCACAUUUUCUUCUUCAGCAGCAAGCUGAUGAUGAGAAGUGCAAGAGGGCAAAGAGAAGCCAAUGCGUUGUGCACCUUGAUGGAUAACGGCUAGAUAUGAAACACAAUUGUAUACAUCCCGAUCGAUCUUAUUGUAUCCACCACGAUCUUUCGCGUGUUGGUGAUGUGUUUAACUUACCCCUAUGCCCUUAUCUGAGACUAAUUCUGAUUGUCUGUUGUAUCAGCAAAUACAUGUGGGCUGCUAUUAGGCUGUCUUUAAAACUGAAGGCUAUUUGGAUUGAGAACUCUGUAGAAGAAUAAAUUGCAGCCCGAUUGACUAGUAUUUUCUUUAAGAAUAAAAUUAGAUUUCAUUGAACUUCUUCA